GGACCCACCUCAGUGGCUGCGGUUGUAUUGGGUUGUGCCUGGCAGUGCCACACAGCGGCAGAGGAUCGGAAGGGAAAGGCGCUGGUGAGAGCGGAGUUCCCAUGCAGGUGUUGGGCUGAGGCAGGGCUGGAAGAGGGGCAAAUCUCUCUCAGGCGCAGUCAAUUCACCCCGUACACCCGCCGCCUGCCUCUCUGUACCCGGGAUGUCUUCCGAGAGCAGCGCAGAGAAGGGGCCUCCGCCUUCCCCGGCAGAGAAUGUGCAGCCUGGGGUCCCUCCUGCAGCCGAGGAGCCGGGAAUGAUCAGCGUGGAUAUCGCGGGGCUUUUCUAUCAGUUCUCCAAGACUUUUAUCCUCAUCUUCCCCGUGUACGUGCUGGGAUACUUCGGCUUGAGCUUCAGCUGGCUGCUCAUCGCUCUGGUGCUGCUGCUCUGGUGGCGGAGGAAUAAGGGCAACAAGAACUCGCGGCUGUACCGGGCUCUCGCCUUCCUGGAGAACGAGGAGAAGUCCGUCAAGCACCACAUCGCCUCCACCGACCUGCCUGCCUGGGUACAUUUCCCCGAUAUCGAAAGAGCAGAAUGGCUCAACAAAACUGUGAAGCAUAUGUGGCCUUACAUCUGCCAGUUCAUAGAGAAGUUGUUCCGAGAGACCAUAGAGCCCGCUGUGAGGGGUGCAAACGCCCACCUGAGCACCUUCAAUUUUACUAAGAUUGACAUGGGAUCACAGCCCCUGAGGAUCAAUGGUGUCAAAGUUUACACUGAAAAUGUGGACAAGAGACAGAUUAUUUUGGAUCUGCAGAUAAGUUUUGUCGGAGAAACAGAGAUUGAUUUGGAAGUGAAGAGGUACUUCUGCAGAGCCGGCGUGAAAAGUAUCCAGCUCCAUGGCACGAUGAGAGUUAUACUGGAGCCUCUGAUUGGAGAUGUACCAAUAGUUGGAGCCCUGUCUAUAUUUUUCCUCAGGAAACCGCUCCUGGAGAUCAACUGGACGGGACUCACUAACAUGCUGGACAUGCCAGGACUGAAUGGCCUGUCAGACACAAUUAUAUUGGAUAUCAUAUCGAAUUACCUGGUACUUCCCAACCGCAUCACGGUUCCACUUGUCAGCGACGUGCAGAUCGCUCAGUUACGCUUCCCAAUACCAAAGGGUGUCCUGAGGAUACAUUUCCUAGAAGCUCAGGAUCUAAUGUGGAAAGAUACCUACAUGAAAGGUCUGGUCAAAGGCAAGUCUGACCCAUACGGUGUUGUCCGACUUGGCAACCAGGUUUUCCAGAGCAAAGUCAUCAAAGAGAACCUCAACCCUAAGUGGAAUGAAGUUUAUGAGGCAUUGGUGCAUGAGCAUCCAGGGCAGGAAUUGGAGAUUGAGCUCUUUGAUGAAGACACAGAUAAAGAUGACUUUUUGGGCAGCCUCUUGAUUGAUCUUGUGGAAGUAGAAAAGGAGAGAGUGGUUGAUGAGUGGUUUACUCUAGAUGAGGCCACAAGUGGAAAGCUUCAUUUGAAACUGGAGUGGCUUACACCAAAUUCCACUACAGACAACCUUGACCAGGUGCUGAAGAGCAUCAAAGCCGACAAGGACCAGGCUAAUGAUGGCCUCUCAUCUGCUCUGCUCAUUCUCUACUUGGAUUCUGCCAGGAGUUUGCCUAAUAAUCCAUUAGAAAUUAACCACGACGGCAUGAAGAAGGCUGCUGUUGAAAAGGCUAAAAAGGCCGGAAAGAAGAUCGGCAGCAGCCCUAAUCCCUAUGUGCUGUUCUCUGUGGGUCAUGCAGUGCAGGAAAGCAAGGUUAAGUACAAGACGGCGGAACCACUAUGGGAGCAGACGUUCACAUUCUUCGUCCACAAUCCUAAAAGACAGGACCUUGAAGUGGAGGUUAAAGAUGAGAACCAUCAAAGUUCCAUGGGCAAUCUAAAAAUUCCACUGAGCCAGAUACUUGCUAGUGAAGACCUCACUAUGAACCAAAGGUUCCACCUGAAUAACUCCGGGCCCAACACUAGUCUUAAAAUGAAGAUUGCACUAAGGAUCCUCCAUGUAGAUAAGCCUGUACGUUCUCCUGACGAGCAGCACACAUCCCAAGUCAAGAGGCCUUCCAUAUUCAAAGGGAAGCAACCACCAACACCUCAAAUGCCCUCCCCUUCACCUGCAGUAGCUCACAAACCUCCUCCGACCCCCAAAUUAGAGACAAAUAAGAAACCUGAAAAUGGAAAUAAAGGAACCCCUCCUAGUGCCAGCCCCAAGAGCCCAACAGAACUACACCAAAGCUCUUCAAGCCUCUCUGGUUCCAGUUUUACCUACUCACCCUCACACCUACCUGCUAAAGAGCCCACGCCUAGUAUUGCUUCAGAUAUAUCAUUGCCAGUUGCUACACAGGAACUCCGGGAAAGGCUGCGGCAACUUCAGAAUGGAACAACGUUGGGUCAGUCACCCCUAGGACAAAUCCAGUUAACGAUCCGCCACAGUUCUCAAAGAAAUAAACUGAUGGUUGUAGUACAUUCCUGUAGGAACUUGAUCGCUUUUUCAGAGACGGGCUCGGAUCCCUAUGUCCGAAUUUAUUUAUUGCCAGACAAGAGGAGAUCCGGAAGAAGAAAAACACACGUAUAUAAGAAAACGUUGAAUCCAAUAUAUGAUCAAACGUUUGAAUUCAGCGUUUCGCUGCCAGAGCUGCAAAGAAGAACGCUAGACAUUGCCGUGAAACACAGCGGAGGAUUUCUGUCCAGGGAUAAGGGACUUCUAGGGAAGUUGUUGCUGGAGCUCAACACAGAGGAUGCAGCAAAAGGAUGGACACAGUGGUACGAUUUAACAGAAGAUGGGACGAGACCUGCUGUUUCCAGUUAGGCCACCGUCUCCUCCAAACCAAUGACCAGUCUCUGUACAAACAGAAGGCAUCAGGCUCACAGAAUGUAUCAAUGUUAUUUUUAUAGAUUCAGCGCUUCAUGCCACAUUUGUCUGUUUUUCCCUUUUUUUAAAGUGUAGGUAUGUUUUUAAAAAAAACCUUUUUACAUUAUUUGCAGACCUUGGCGAGACCUCUUAUUAAGCUGAAUUGGUGGCACGGUCAUACCAUGUGUUUAAUGAUGUGCAAUAGGGAGUUCUCAAUGCAUUACCUUAUUGGGAAACCGACAGUUGCUUUUUCAAGAUGGGAAAAUACAUUUUAGUUGAUUUCGUUGCCGAGUUGUACAGCAUUACUGUAAAUAUGUACUAUUCUCUUUUGUAAUUCUUCUUUUGUUGCCACCAUGUUGAUUGGCAUUUUAAUUGUCGUCGUAUAUAGUUGUCCCCUACAGAACUCUAACGGUAUCACGGGAGGGAAAGUCUUUACAGGAGACUGGGCUUGUGAAAUAUGAACAUUGUAAUGGGUCCGAGAUCAAAAACAGCAGGCUAUCAGAACCUGCAUCAUUUUAAAGGGGAACUAUCUCGGAAAUGAUUAGAAUACAUUAGUACUAUAGCUAGAGGGGGUUUAGUUGCCCUUUAACCUUAAUGGGGAACUAUCGUGAAAAUUUUAAAUUUAAUAUAAGCUUCAUUAUACUCAAAUAAGAAACUUUCUAAAUACAAUCAAUUAAAAAUUCUGCACUGUU